AUGCCCGGUGGGUGCAUCUGCCAGCCGUGCCAGGCUACCCUCUUGGCGCACAUCCGGGGGCCACGCGGAUCGCGACCAGCGGGAGGCCGCCGGCUGAUCCAGGGCUGCCGGGGAGGAGGAGAGUCCUGGGUGGGCCGGCAGGGCCCGGCCAGCCCCAGCCCCCCCCUCCCGGCUCCGGCGGGGGUGAGCCCGGGCGAGGGGAGGGGAGGAGAGGAGCCUCCCUCCCUCGCCGGCUCGCCCUGCGCCCGGGAAGUGGCCUCGGCGCGGCUCCGGCUCCCGCCCCGCCUACCCGCCCUCUCUGCUCCGCGGCGCACCUGCCUGGCGGCUCCCGGAGGCUCCGGGCGUCGGAUCCGCGUCGGGCCCCGGGCACACCGGAAACGACGUCACGCGCCCCGGCGCCGGAGGAGGAGGGGCCUCGGUCAGACCGGAAGUGGAUCCGGAAGCCCCGAGAGGAAGAGGAGGAGGAGGAGGAAGAUGGAGCAGCAGCAACUGCGCGGCCUGCGCGACUUCCUGCUGGCCUACAACCAGAUGACGGAGCUCUGCUUCCAGCGGUGCGUCUCCAACUUGAACUACCGGACGCUGACCGGGGAGGAGGAGAGCUGCCUGGACGGCUGCGCGGGGAAGCUGGUGCGCUCCAACCACCGCCUGAUGGCCGCCUACGUCCGCCUCAUGCCCUCCCUCGUCCAGCGCCGGAUCUCCGACUACGAGGCUGCCGGCCAGGAAGCGGCCCAGGAAGCGGCCCUCCUGCCGCCCACCGAGCCCGCCACCCUGCCGGGGCCCAGCGUGGUCAGCACCUCCUGACGGCACCUCCGGGCUGCUUGGUCUCUCAGCGCCACCUGCCCGCUGUCCCCGAUGGCAGUGCCCCGGGUGCUUCCUGGCUGCCUCUCCAAGGAGCCCCUCGCCAGGCCACUUGCCCUCAGAGAGAGAUGCCCUCCUCGAGACUGGACUCCGGGGCACCGGGCUGGACGGGGCAGCUGCUCCUUCUCAGGCCCAUCUCUCCAGAGCACACCGUUUCUGGGGACAAUAAAACCACUUUCUUGGA